AUGCCCAUAGCCAAGACCUGGAACAGCUCAUCAGUGACUAUCUUCAUCUUCCUGGGAUUUGCAGACCAUCCAGAACUGCAGGUUCUCCUUUUUGUGACCUUCUUGAACAUCUAUCUCAUAACCUUGGCCUGGAAUCUGGCCCUCAUCCUGCUGAUCAAAAGUGACGCCCACCUGCACACCCCCAUGUACUUCUUCCUCAGCAACCUGUCCUUCAUUGACAUCUGUUACUCUUCCGCCGUGGCUCCCAAGAUGCUCACUGACUUCUUCCAGGAGCAGAAGACCAUAUCGUUUGUGGGGUGUGCUGCUCAGUUUUUUUUCUUUGUCGGCCUGGGUCUAACCGAGUGCUUCCUGCUGACUGCUAUGGCAUACGACCGGUAUGCGGCCAUCUCCAACCCCCUGCUCUACACUGUCAUUAUGUCCCAGGGUCUGUGCAACCGCAUGGUGAUUGGGGCCUAUGUUGGGGGCUUCCUGAGCUCCCUGAUCCAGGCCACUUCCAUAUUUCGACUGCACUUCUGUGGACCUAAUGUCAUCAACCAUUUCUUCUGUGAUCUUCCCCCUGUCUUGGCACUGUCUUGCUCUGACACUUUCCUCAGUCAGGUAGUGAAUUUCCUCGUGGUGGUGGCUGUUGGGGGUACGUCGUUCCUCAUCCUUCUUAUUUCCUACAGUUACAUAGUGUCUGCUGUCCUGAGGAUCCACUCCGUGGAAGGUCGAUGGAAAGCUUUCAACACCUGUGCAUCCCACCUGAUGGUGGUGACACUGUUGUUUGGGACAGCCCUUUUCAUGUACCUUCGACCCAGCUCCAGCUACUCGUUUGGCAGGGACAAGGUGGUAUCUGUGUUCUAUUCACAAGUGAUCCCCAUGUUGAACCCUCUCAUUUACAGUUUGAGAAACAAAGACAUUAAAGAUGCCCUAUGGAAGGUGUUAAGGAAGAACAAAGUAUUUUCAUAG